UUUGUGAUGAGGUGUGAAUGUGAAUCGGGAAAUCCUCGUCUCGAAGAAAUGAUUUCACGAAAAUCGCACAUUGCAUAGAGUUUUGUGAUGUUACAUUUGUGCUGUUAUUCGAACAAAUAACCCUAAGAUCACUAUAUAACAGUGCCCCAAUGGAGUCAUCAUAAAUGUCGACUAAACCACCGCGUAACUAACUCGAUUCCAGUAGGAACGAAUGGAGUGAUUAUCCUUAUAAAAUAACGAUGCAAACCAAUCUAAAAACAAAAGAGAUGUUUAUAGUCAGAGCUUUGGAAAAGAUUUUAGCUGAUAAGGACAUAAAGCGGUCCUAUCACAGUCAGCUGAAGAAGUCGUGUGAAGUGGCACUAGAGGAAAUAAAAACAGAACUGAAAGAUGGAGGCCAGGUGGAAUCGGCGGAUAGCCCAUCAUCAGGCACUCUUCCUCUGCCCAAGAGUGACUCGUCCAAUAUCAUCACAGCUGAGAAGUAUUUCCUGCCUUUUGAGCUGGCUUGCCAGAGUAAAGCAGCCAGGAUAGUGGUCACAGCCCUGGACUGCCUGCAAAAGCUCAUAGCCUAUGGCCACCUUACUGGCAACAUCCCUGACUCCACAACUCCAAGGAAACUUCUCAUUGACCGGAUAGUCGAAACCAUCUGCAGUUGCUUCACUGGCCCACAGACAGAUGAAGGAGUUCAACUUCAAAUAAUAAAAGCUCUCCUUACAGUCAUCACUAGCCAGCAUGUCGAGGUACAUGAAGGCACAGUCCUCCUUGCUGUCCGAACAUGCUACAACAUCUACUUGGCUAGUAAAAAUCUAAUAAACCAAACAACAGCCAGAGCAACCCUCACUCAAAUGCUUAAUGUCAUCUUUACCAAGAUGGAAAAUCAAGCUUUGGAGUCAGAGGGUAGCACCACCACUGAAAUACAUAAAAUGUCUAAUGGCAGUGUAGUAAAUGAUGAUCAUCAUACUGCACAUACACCAGCUAAUGAAGAAAACAAAGAUUCAAUACCACCACAAGCAGAAAUUCAAGAACAAUUAGAUGACAUUUUAGAAGCUAAAAUCAUAGCUAAACAAAUAGUUGAUUCUGUAAUAGACAAUGCUGUAACAAUAGCUUCUAAGAAGGCAACUGAAGAGAAUCAAAAUGGACCUGACAAUAACGAAAAUCCUACUGACUUCCAAGAUAGUGGUAGUGUUUCCCAAGAAAGCAAUGGUCAGAUAGAAAAUUCUGGUGGACUUGAAGCUACAAUGACAAGGAUUCCAUCACAAGAAAGUGUGGAUGUUGCUUCUGAAAAUGAUAACUCUGUAACAGCUAAAUUCACACAUGUACUUCAGAAAGACGCCUUCCUCGUCUUCAGAGCUCUAUGUAAACUUUCGAUGAAACCUCUCCCUGAAGGCACCCCUGACCCUAAGUCUCAUGAGUUGAGGUCUAAAAUUUUAUCUUUGCAUUUGCUCCUCUCUAUCCUUCAAAAUGCAGGACCUGUCUUCAGAAACAACGAGAUGUUUAUUACUGCUAUCAAACAAUACCUUUGCGUUGCCUUAUCGAAAAACGGCGUAAGUUCAGUUCCUGAAGUCUUUGAACUUUCUCUGGCCAUCUUUCUGGCACUCCUUCAAAACUUCAAAGUUCAUCUUAAGAAGCAAAUAGAAGUUUUCUUCAAAGAGAUUUUCAUGAAUAUCUUGGAGACAUCAAGCUCCUCCUUUGAACACAAGUGGAUGGUGAUCCAAGCUUUAACCAGAAUUUGUGGCGACGCCCAAAGCGUGGUCGAUAUAUAUGUCAAUUAUGACUGUGACUUGUCAGCUGCAAAUUUGUUCCAGAGGUUGGUCAAUGAUGUAUCAAAAAUCGCGCAAGGCAGGCAAGCCUUAGAAUUGGGGGCGACACCCAAUCAAGAGAAAUCCAUGCGUAUUAGAGGCCUAGAAUGCCUAGUUUCAAUACUAAAAUGCAUGGUGGAAUGGAGCAAAGAACUCUAUAUUAAUCCCAACCUACAGACAACCUUGGGGGAAAAACCUGUAAAAGAAGAGAUAGAUCAUCAUAGCAUUAAAUCGCACGGAGGCUCCAGUUUGAGUUUAGUAUCAACAGAAUCCAGUAAUAUUGGAAAUAGAGAAACUUUAGAUUCCCCAGAGCAGUUUGAAGUCCUAAAACAACAAAAAGAGGUAUGGGAAACUGGCAUUGACUUGUUUAACAGAAAACCUAAAAAGGGAGUGGCAUUUUUACAAGAGCAAGGUUUGUUAGGAACAUCUACAAAAGAAAUUGCAGAAUGGCUUCUUACUGAUGAAAGGUUAGACAAAACUUUUAUUGGAGAAUUUCUCGGCGAAAAUGACGAUCAUUCCAAGGAAGUUAUGUAUGCUUAUGUUGAUGCAAUGAACUUUUCUAACAUGGAUAUAGUGGCGGCUCUCCGUCACUUUUUAGAAGGCUUUAGAUUGCCUGGGGAAGCACAGAAGAUAGACAGGCUAAUGGAAAAGUUCGCUGCACGAUAUUGCACAUGCAACCCAAACAACACGCUAUUUAUGAGCGCCGACACAGUUUAUGUAUUAGCAUUUUCUAUAAUAAUGCUUACGACAGACCUACACUCGCCGCAAGUCAAGAAUAAAAUGACAAAGGAACAAUACAUUAAACUGAAUAGCGGAAUCAGCGACAAUAACGAUUUACCUCGUGAGUAUUUAUCUCAGAUUUAUGACGAGAUCGCUGGCCACGAGAUUAAAAUGAAAAGCACUUCGAAACCGGGGAAACACAUGAUUGCCAAUGAAAAGAAGCGCAAACUGGUGUGGAAUAUGGAGAUGGAACAAAUAUCUACAGCUGCUAAGAACUUAAUGGAAUCCGUAUCACAUGUUCAGACUCCAUUUACAACAGCCAAACAUGUUGAGCAUGUUCGACCUAUGUUCAAAAUGGCUUGGACACCAUUCCUCGCGGCAUUCUCAGUUGGACUACAGGAUUGCGACGACCCCGAAAUAGCUGCGCUAUGUCUGGACGGAAUCAGAUGCGCUAUCCGCAUUGCCUGCAUUUUCCACAUGAGCCUAGAACGAGACGCUUACGUCCAAGCUCUUGCUAGAUUUACGCUGCUGACAGCUAAUUCACCAAUCACAGAAAUGAAAGCAAAGAACAUUGACACAAUCAAGACUUUGAUUACAGUCGCACAUACAGACGGAAACUAUUUGGGAUCGAGUUGGUUGGAUGUUGUAAAGUGUAUUUCUCAGCUAGAAUUAGCUCAACUCAUAGGAACAGGUGUGCGACCUCAAUUUUUAUCUGGAUCUGGAAUUAAGCCCCAGCCAGAUUCUCUGAAAUUCAGUCUCAUGUCACUAGAUCCCAGUGUCAAAGAGCACAUAGGAGAAACAAGCUCUCAAAGCGUCGUAGUAGCGGUCGAUAGAAUAUUUACUGGAUCAACGAGACUUGAUGGUGAUGCUAUUGUUGAUUUUGUUAAGGCAUUGUGUCAAGUAUCAUUGGACGAAUUGAGCCAUCCUACCAAUCCCCGAAUGUUUUCCCUGCAGAAGAUUGUAGAGAUUUCCUACUACAACAUGGGCAGAAUCAGGUUGCAGUGGUCACGUAUUUGGCAAGUACUCGGUGAUCACUUCAACAAAGUCGGCUGCAGUAGCAACGAAGACAUCGCGUUCUUCGCAGUUGAUUCUCUGAGGCAACUUUCAAUGAAGUUCAUAGAGAAAGGAGAGUUCGCUAACUUCAAAUUCCAGAAAGAUUUCUUGAGGCCAUUUGAACACAUCAUGAAGAAAAACAGCUCACCGACAAUAAGAGACAUGGUGGUCAGAUGUAUCGCCCAGAUGGUAAAUUCUCAAGCGCCAAACAUCAAAUCUGGUUGGAAGAAUAUAUUCUCGGUGUUCCAUUUAGCAGCAAGCGAUCAAGAUGAGGCGAUCGUAGAUUUAGCAUUCCAAACCACAGGCAAGAUCAUUACUGAUUUGUACGAGAAGCAAUUCCCAGCGAUGAUUGAUUCAUUCCAAGACGCAGUCAAAUGUCUAUCAGAAUUCGCAUGCAAUGCAAAAUUCCCCGACACGUCUAUGGAAGCAAUAAGACUGGUGAGAUCCUGCGCGACAGCAGUGGGGGCGUCUCCGCAGCUGUUCGCAGAACACGCGGGACUCGAAGGAGAGGCCGGGGCUCCUGAAGAGGACAGAGUGUGGUUGAGAGGAUGGUUCCCUUUGCUAUUCUCUCUCUCGUGUGUCGUCAGCCGCUGCAAGCUAGAUGUGCGGACACGCGGACUGACGGUCUUAUUUGAGAUUAUAAAAACCCACGGCGAAUCAUUCCGUCCACAUUGGUGGAGAGAUUUAUUCAAUAUUUUAUUCAGAAUCUUUGACAAUAUGAAGCUACCUGAACAUCAAUUAGAGAAAAACGAAUGGAUGACUACAACUUGCAAUCACGCGUUGUAUGCUAUCGUAGAUGUCUUCACGCAAUACUUUGACAUUCUCGGCUCUCUUUUGCUGGAGCAGUUAUAUGCGCAGCUGCACUGGUGCGUGCAGCAGGACAACGAACAGCUCGCCCGCUCUGGCACCAACUGUUUGGAAAAUCUAGUCAUUUCGAACGGCACCAAAUUCAAAGAAGAUACAUGGAGCAAGACGUGUCAGAUUAUGUUGGACAUAUUCAACAGCACGUUGCCGACGACGUUGCUUACGUGGAAACCCGACGAGAACGAGGAGGAAACACCACACGUGCGUCAUGGGAUAUUAAAGAAACCUCAACUCGGUGAUGAUGCUAAGUCCUCCAAUAGGGUUUUCAACAGCCUACUGAUCAAAUGCGUAGUGCAGCUCGAAUUAAUUCAAACAAUUGACAAUAUAGUGUUCUACCCUGCGACUUCGAGGAAGGAAGACGCAGAAACAUUAGCGCUAGCUGCGGCGGAGCUGACUGGGGGCACUCCGGGGACUGAACAAGAAUGUCAGCGUGAAGAGCAAGGCAUGUACAGGCUGCUGAGUUCACCACACCUGCUGCGACUCGUGGAAUGCCUUAUGUGUAGUCAUCGAUUUGCGAAGACAUUUAAUACUAAUAACGCUCAGCGAAACGUUUUGUGGAAAGCUAAUUUCAAGGGGUCUGUGAAGCCAAAUAUGUUGAAGCAAGAGACGCAGUCUUUGGCUUGUGUGAUGCGGAUAUUGUUCAAGAUGUACAGCGACGAGGCGCGGCAGGAGCACUGGCCGGCGGUGCAGAAGAGCCUGAUAACGAUAUGUUGCGAGGCGCUGGAGUACUUCGCUGGAGUGACGAGUGAGGCGCACCGGGACGCCUGGACGUCCAUCCUGCUGCUCAUCCUCACGAGAAUACUGAAGAUGCCCGACGAAAGAUUUGCGGCGCAUGUGUCCAGCUACUACCCACUGCUGUGCGAGAUCACGUGCUUCGACCUGAAGCCUGAGCUCAGGUCCGUGCUGCGCCGUGUCUUCAUCCGCAUCGGACCCGUCUUCAACAUCGUGCCACACACGCAAUAACAACCCUCACUAACAAAACAUGGCCUUAUAGUUCCGUAGGUUAAUAUUUCAUGUUAAUGUUAAAUAAAACAUUUUGUUGAUUCCUUAAAUUUUAAUGUAAUAUUUGACAGCAAUCAGUACUUCAGUAGUAUUAAAAGUGAUUUAUUGUUAGGGCGUAGCUUAUGUCUAAUUUAUAUAAAUUAUUAUUUGAUUAUCAACAGUUAAAAAUUAAAAUUGUAUAAUAUAAUAAAGAAUCAUAGAAGUUGUAUCUAUAAAUUAUAGUUUAUUAUUCUGUAUAUUUGAAGUUUUUACUGGCUAGGGAGCUGAAUUCACUCGGCGUUCUGCUUAUUGUUUUGCUAGACUGAGCGGACUGUGAUUGCAAUGUUAUUUCCACGGCUUUUCAUGUUUGUUUCUGAGAGUGACUUCAGAACUCGCACGCAACUAAUUAUUUAUCCUUAAAAAUAAAGUUAUACAUUAAU